GGAUUCUGCCACAGCAGCGGCUACACAUGACACCAUGCAGAGUUAUGUCCAAGUAUGAAAACCAGAUUACUCUUUUCACUGACUACCUAGAAGAAUUCCCGGAUACUGACGAGCUGGUAUGGAUCCUGGGGAAGCAGCAUCUUCUUAAGAUGGAAAAAUCUAAGCUGUUGUCUGAUAUAAGUGCUCGUCUAUGGUUUACAUACAGAAGGAAAUUUUCACCGAUUGGGGGAACAGGCCCUUCAUCUGAUGCUGGAUGGGGAUGUAUGCUGCGCUGUGGGCAGAUGAUGCUGGCUCAAGCCCUCAUCUGUAAACACUUGGGAAGGGAUUGGAACUGGGAAAAACAAAAAGAACAACCCAAAGAAUACCAAAGGAUUCUGCAGUGUUUCCUGGAUAGAAAAGACUGCUGCUAUUCGAUCCAUCAGAUGGCACAAAUGGGUGUAGGAGAAGGGAAAUCAAUUGGCGAAUGGUUUGGACCAAAUACAGUUGCACAGGUGAUAAAAAAACUCGCUUUAUUUGAUGAAUGGAAUUCCUUGGCUGUUUAUGUUUCAAUGGAUAACACAGUGGUCAUUGAAGAUAUCAAGAAAAUGUGCUAUGUUCUUCCUAUGGGUGCUGACAAAGCAGAAGAGAGCCUUCCUGAUUCUGUGACUGGUUGCAGUCAGAGUAAAGGCAUGUCUGCCACGUCCCCAGCCUGGAAACCCCUGCUGCUCAUUGUGCCCCUUCGCCUGGGCAUAAACCAAAUCAAUCCUGUGUACAUUGAAGCAUUCAAAGAGUGUUUUAAGAUGCCACAGUCAUUAGGGGCUUUAGGAGGAAAACCAAAUAACGCCUAUUAUUUCAUAGGAUUCUUAGGUGAUGAGCUGAUUUUCUUGGACCCUCACACAACCCAAACCUUUGUUGACACUGAAGAGAAUGGAACAGUAGACGACCAGACUUUCCAUUGUCUCCAGUCUCCACAGUGGAUGAGUAUCCUGAACUUGGAUCCUUCUGUGGCCUUGGGAUUUUUCUGCAAAGAAGAGAAAGACUUUGAUAACUGGUGUAGCCUUGUUCAGAAGGAAAUUCUAAAGGAGAAUUUGAGGAUGUUUGAAUUAGUUCAGAAACACCCAUCACACUGGCCUCCCUUUGUGCCACCAGCCAAGCCAGAAGUGACAACCACAGGGGCAGAAUUCAUAGACUCUACUGAACAACUGGAGGACUUUGACCUGGAGGAAGAUUUUGAAAUUCUGAGUGUGUAGGAUAGUGAGAACUUCUGCCUUCCAUCUGGCACCACAAAAACAUGAACUUGUUACAUUAAACUUUUUUGGUCAGCAAGUGCCUGAUAUGCCAACAGCAUCAAAACUCAAUAGCAAUUAUGACUGAGCCAAUUAUGAUUUUUCAGAAAUGAAACAAAAUAGGAAAUCAAUGACACCAACCUGUCUCUGAAAAGAAAGAGAAAAAAAUCAUGGAAUCUAGGAAGAAAAAGAUUUGGAAUCCAUUGCUUCCCAGUUUGUCUUGCAUGGUGACAGCAAGUCUUCAGCAGCUCAAAUGAGGGCAUUUGGAAUACAGAUCACAACUCCCAUCUUGAUGCAAGUACCAGCAAGAUGAGAAAUGGUUAUAGUGUUCUUCUUCACUCUUUUACAUGUGACCUCUUUGGGGCUAAAUACUAAGAAGAACUCUGUUCCCUUGCUCAAAUAAUAAAAUAAAUGAAUCAGGGAGAAAUACUCUUGUUAAAUUAUUUGAAUAUGUAGUUUACCUAAUUAUAAUUUUUAUCAAAAAAUCUGUCAAACAAAUAAUGUCAAAGUGCACCUCUUGCCUUCCUGUUUGAAGAAACAUAUUCAAUAGGUUACAGUCUCCAUCCUUAGUGAUCCUUUCACUAGAUGUCACCACAUCCUUAAAUCAAACCAUGAUCACUUGAAGCAGAGGUCAGCAAACUUUUUCUGUAAAGGAGUAGGUAGAUAGUAUUUUAGGCUUUGUAGGCCAGGUGGCCUUUGUUGUAACUAUUCUGUGCUAUAAAAGCAGCCCUGGACAAUAUGUAUGUAAGUGAGCAUGGCUAUAAUGUAAUACAACUUGAUUUAUGAAAGCAAGUGGAGGGCUGGAUAUGGUCUUACCAAUUGCUCACUUACGGCAUUGAUAUUUUUGUUUGUUUGAAGGAUUAAAUAAAUUGUUUGA